AUGUAAGUAACUUAAUAAAAUGUCACUUAUGUGAUGUUUUUUAGUUGUACAAACCAAAAGAAAUGACUAGAAAUAGAACAGAUUUUUAUGUAAAAUGUACAUAUUAAAACGUACAUCUAAUAAAGUAGCGAACAGAAACAGCGCCUUUUGAAUAUUUACACUUACAAUAUUUUCUUUGUAAAAUGUGUGUGUAAAGUAAUACAUUUCAUAACAUGUGGCUGUAUAAACAAACACUCGCGUUGCUCUCCAUGUACCUUCUCACGCAUUCGCAUUCAAUACUUUUCAAAACUUAUUUAUAUAAAAUCUGAUUUAUAAUAAAAAAGUUAUAAAGACAAUAACGUUAUAAAGACCCAUGAAUGAAUGGGUAUAAGUAUGUGAGUUUGUGGUUUUCGCCAACAACACGUUGUGAUUGAUUUACUGAUUUAUUUAUAAGUAGAAAAAUAGCAAUGACAAAUAAGAUAAAACUGACAAUUUAAAUUUAUUUUAGAAGUAUAGUUCACAGCACAAGUCACAACCAAUUAAAACCGACAAAAAACCCAAAUCUAAAAACUUAAACUUAAGUUUAAAUCUAAAUGCAAUUUUUUAAUUUAAAUCCUAAAUAACUGUCCUAAAAAUUAACAUUUUGAAUAAUAAGUGGUCGUCCAUUGAAAUAACGAAUGAAUGGUUAUAAAUGCGAGUUUGUGGUUUUAGUCUUUAAGCAGUUACUUACGUAUUGAUGUACUUUCUUCCUAAAACGAUAACGUAUAUUGCAGUGCAUCUAGUCAUUCAACGUAAUUGUUUGUUCAUAAUAAUUUGAUUAAUAAAUGUGUCGUCUUUUUUAAAUGAGCAAUAUUUUAAAGAGAUACAAAGACAGAGAAAUGACAGAAAUUACGUUAGUCUGGUCACAUAUGUGGCCAAAUCAAUUAAAAUAUUGCAGAAAUACAAGACACAAAGUGCAUGAGAAAAUUAUAAGUAUGCAAAAGAGCACAGUUCAGAUAUUGUUAAUGUGUUUAAUGUAAUUGAAGCGAGUUUUUACACGUUUCUGCUUUUUUUAAAAUUGACAAUUGAAUUGUAUUCGCCAACAACACUUUGUGACUGAUUUACUGAUUUAUUUAUAAGUAGAAAAGUAGCAAUGACAAAUAAGAUAAAACUAACAACUUAAAUGUAUUUUAGAAGUAUAGUGCACAGCACCUGUCACAACCAAUUAAAGCCGAAAAAACGAAAUCUAAAUUUUUAUUAAAUCUAAAUGCAAAUUUUGCAUUUAAAUCCUAAAAUAAUUGUCCUAAAAACUAACAUUUUGAAUAAUAAGUGGUCGUCCAUUAAAAUGUCUGGAAUGUCCGGUGAUUGUCGUGCAAUACCCAUUUACAGUCUCUUAAGUUAAUUUUUUAACAUUCACACUAUGUCAAUUGUCAGAUCAUAACCAAUUUGCAAUCUCUUCAUUGUUAUUUUUUUCUAAAUGAAGUACAUUCACACCAUUUUGUUGGAGGGUUGGUAAUAAACUAUAAAAUAAAUGAAACCAGUCAGUGUAGGUAUUCGCAGUUGUUUCACCAAACAUGGAGGCAAAGGCAUUUUACCCCAAGAAGGCUGCCGCAAAGAAAGUUACGAAUAAACGAAAGAAUUCUGGAAAGGAGAACAACCCUCUUCAAUCCUUGACCCCAAAAACUCGACUGGUAAAAAAGAAAUCGGCUGCAAUGAUCCAUCGCCGAAGCCCUGCUGUCCGCACAUCAAAAGAACAGCUUUCAGCCUUGACUCGAAGGCUUCUGGAUUUGGAGGCAAAAGUUGGUUUGUUGGAGGCACGUCUGAAUGAGAGGUCUCACCAGUCUCAUCCACCGACAGCUGAUCAAGCUACAGCUACAGACAUUUCAGUUUAUGUUCCUCCAACUCCGGUGGAAACUCAGACCGAAUGUCAACAGUCGAUCCUCAUCCAUCCGUCUGGUCAUGGGGACUUCAUUUCAACCAGCGGACAUUUGGACAAUGACGAUUUAGGGUUCCCAUCGAACGCGUCUACACCGUUUAUUGACCGCACUCGUCCUGCAGAUAUAACGGGGGACUCGGCUCACUUAAACCACCAACUGUCAACAAAUUCGAUGCUUGAUUACAGUUCACCUCUUCAAGAAUAUCCAUCGUCUUCUCCUCUGUCCAGCACAUCUCAGCAUUGUCCUUCAGAAAUGUCGUCAUUUUGUUUGAGAUUGCCUGAAACACCAAGAAACUCUUCUUAUUUUCAGUCUCAUAAUCCUGUUCGACGGUCUCUCAUGGGAGUGGUUCUACAAGAUGUGACUUUAAAUCACGUGUCCCUGGAGGUCGAGAAACAACUUUACGUGGAUUCAGCAGGCUCAGACGGUGCACCUAAAGCAGAUCGAUUCGCUUGUGGUUUGUUUAAAAGGUUAAUUCCGUUUACCGUUUAUCAGGACUGGGUAGGUUCUGUGAAUUAUGAUGGUUCGAAGGGGAAAAACGCUCUGCCUUGGAAUCUACGUCGAGCCAUUUCCGAUGCUGUUGCUAGGAAAUUUCACCCAACACCGCGUGACUGGAAGCUUAUAAGAGACAGAAUUAACGAACUCCUGCGAAAGAAGAGAUUAAGUUUUCCACUUUUUUAAACGCCAUACUGUAAAUAUUUUUAAACUUUUGUGUAUUGUAGAGUGUUUGGAGUUAAGCGCUUUGCUGUUUUUUUAAUAAAAGCUUACUUUUAAGAAUGAAUCACUGAGUGAAUUGAUUGAAUCACUGAUUGAAAACAAAUCAUGAUUUUUUUGACUUAGGCCAGCUCCUAAAAACGAACCAUAAAUCUCCAUUAAUCUUACACCUUAAA